UUCAUGAGGUGUCGGUGUAGUGAGUCGAAUCGCAACAUGAAGCUGGUUUUAAUUAUUUUCGCCGUUCAGGCGGUGGCCAAUGCAGGACUAGUGAUUCCCCAACCUCAAUUGCUCGGUGCAACUUCCACGGCAUACUCCACCAGUUACUCAAGAUCCAUUGUUGCCCAGCCUCAAAUUAGCGCUCCUGUUAUACAAAACUUAGUGCCUCAAUACAGUCUGGAAGCCGUGACUGUUCCAAGUACUGUGGUUUACCAUCAGUUGUCCAACAGAAUUAAUCCAAUAGCAGAACAACAAGUCGAAUACCAGGAACAGGGCUAUAAUGAUAUUGGAACCGUUAAUCGUCCUCGUGUUUCUCAAGGACUGGCCGGUAUCGAAUAUGUGAAUAAUAAUGCGGAAAAAGAUAGAAGACAAAAUGGCAAAUACUGGGUGACCGACUCCGACGGUACUAGAAGGCAGGUCGAAUAUUCCGCCAGUGAUUUAAAUGGAGUACUUGAACCGAAAGUGCCAUCAGUCUCGUUGGUAUCACCGCAAAGUCUCUACAACGGCCAAACUAAAGGAGUAACUCAGGCUUUUUAUGAAAAGAAAACGCCAUUGGCACAGGCGCUCAGUCAACAACAAAACCUUGAAUAUCAAUUGCAAUAUUAGAUAGGUUUGAAUUAAAUGUGAUAUAUUAAUUUAUAUUAAAUAAUUGUACAUAAUUUUGCCACAAACUGCCAUUGUAGUAAAACAAUAAAUUAUUUAAAUAA